AUGCGCUUCAGGUCUCUCCUCCUCCUUGUCGUCUCCUUUUUCCUUCUCUACAGCGUCAUAGUGGGGCUACUCAAAUACCAGGCGGUUGACAGCCGCUCGGGGCUCAAGGUGGCCUACCUCAUCCUCGUGCACUCCGACGAGUCCGUGCUGGCCUCGCAGCGCCUGCUGCCGGCCAUAUGGCGCCCUGACUUCUUCUACCUCUACGUCGUGGACCAGAGCACGGACGAGCUCGGGCGGCUCAGGCUCGACGAGUUCCUGGGCUCGCCCGCCGCCGUCUUCCACGGCAGCGCCAACGUGCGGGCCAUGACCACCAACGUGCUCUCGGGGUGGGGCACGCUGGGGCUCGUGCAGAACGAGCUUGACGGACUGCAGGAGCUGCUGGGCCUCGGCAAGUGGGACUACGCGAUCAACUUGUCGGGCGACACGUACCCUCUCGUGGGACAGGCGGAGCUGGCCGAGCGGUUGGCCCACUGGCGCGGGGCCAACUUCGUGACCGACCCCGGCACAAGGCCGCAGAGGGCCAACGAGGUGCCCGAAUUGAAGCUCGCGCGACUGGCCAACGUCACUUGGCCUACGGGGGUCGCCGAGCCUGACCAAUACGGGUCCCAGUGGUUUAUCCUCACCCGCGAGUUUGUGGAGUACACACUCUCUUCUGCCCGGGCCCGCAAUGUGCUGCUGGCCAUGGGCAGCGGCAAGGCAGACGUUGCCGACGAGUCGUUCUUCCAGAUCGUGCUCAUGAACAGCCCCUUCAACAGCACCGUGGGGUACCAAAGGGACCUCCAAGUGAUGGUGGAGUCAGAUUGCGUCUUUGCCCGCAAGCUGCACCCAGAGGUGUCACAAGACUUUGCAGUGGGGCACCAACAUUAA